UCUCUCUCAUUCCCCCCCCAACUUUCCCAAUCACCAUGGCGGAACGCAACGCAACCCAGCACCAGCUAACUUCCAGGACUAACCGCAACGCCUCCCCUGCCUCCACUUUCGUACAAAAAAUCCAAUCCCACGCCCCAAACACCACCCACCUCCUGGGUUUCUUGAUCCUCUUCUUCGUUUCAGCCUCGAUUCUCUUAAUCCUCACCGGCAUCACCCUCACCGCUACCGUUUUCGGGUUCAUCUUUUUCUUGCCCUUGAUUAUCGUUUCCAGCCCCGUUUGGUUCCCGAUAUGCGCCCUGCUCUUCCUCGCGGCCGCCGGGUUCUUGUCGGCGUGCGGCUUCGGAGUGGCCGUGGUGGCCGGGUCGACUUGGAUGUACCGGUACUUUAGGGGCAUGCACCCGCCUGGGUCGGAUCGGGUUGAUUCAGCUCGGAGCCGGAUUUAUGAUACUGCUAGCCAUGUUAAGGAUUAUGCUAUAGAAUAUGGUGGAUACUUGCAAAGCAAAGUCAAGGACGCUGCUCCUGGUGCCUGAGCAAUGGAAUUCUCAAACUUUGAUUUUUUUUUUUUAUAUUUGAUGUUGUUUUGUUGA